CGCCGUUGGCCUUGGUUAACUCCUCUUUCUCUCUCUUUGUCCAUGUCCUUCUUUCUAGUAUUAAAAAGCCAAGCCACUAACAACCAACAUAACAAAGCAGAUAAGAACCCAACCCAAACCCUGCUCUCUCUGCAACACUGUCUCUCUCUCUCUCUCUCUGUUGUGUUGUUUUGUGUCCACACCAAGGAAAGGAGAUCGAAACCAAGCAAAGCAAGAUUUUCCCUCUUCUUAACUACUACUAAGACAUACAUACAACAACUUCAUAUAUGGAGGAACUCUUCUCCUCCCUCAAGCUUCUCUCUUUUACCUUCAUGCUCCUUCUCUUCCUCCUCAAGCUCACUGUCUUGCUCUGGUGGCGACCCAGAAAAAUUGAAGGCCAUUUCUCCAAGCAAGGGAUCAGAGGCCCCCCUUAUCGUUUCUUCAUUGGAAACGUUAAGGAACUUGUCGGCAUGAUGUUGAAGGCCUCUUCUCAACCUAUGCCUUUCUCCCAUAACAUUCUCCCCAGAGUCCUUUCCUUCUACCAUCACUGGAAGAAAAUUUAUGGUGCAACAUUCCUAGUUUGGUUUGGACCCACUGUUCGUCUCACCGUCUCUGAGCCAGACCUCAUCCGGGAAAUCUUCACAUCCAAGUCAGAAUUUUACGAGAAAAACGAAGCUCCACCACUUGUGAAGCAGCUAGAAGGUGAUGGGCUCCUUAGCCUCAAAGGAGAAAAAUGGGCUCACCACAGAAAAAUUAUCUCUCCCACUUUUCACAUGGAAAAUCUCAAAUUGCUGGUACCGGUGAUGGCAACAAGCGUGGUAGAGAUGCUGGAAAAGUGGUCGGCAAUGGGUGAGAAGGGCGAGGUAGAAAUCGAAGUUUCGGAGUGGUUUCAAAGCCUAACAGAAGAUGUCAUUACGAGGACCGCGUUUGGAAGCAGCUACGAAGAUGGCAAAGCCAUUUUCCGAUUACAGGCCCAACAAAUGGACUUGGCCGCCGAUGCUUUCCAAAAAGUAUUCAUCCCAGGUUACAGAUUCUUUCCCACAAGGAGGAAUAUAAGAUCUUGGAAAUUGGAGAAGGAGAUUAAGAAAUCGCUGGUGAAGCUGAUCUCACGACGGAGAGAGAAUGAGAAAGGGUGUGGGGUGGAGGAAAAAGAAAAAGGGCCAAAGGAUUUGUUGGGACUAAUGAUUCAGGCAUCGAACAUGAACAUGAACAUGUCCAAUGUCACAGUGGAUGACAUGGUGGAAGAGUGCAAGAGCUUUUUCUUUGCAGGCAAACAGACCACAUCCAACCUGCUGACGUGGACGACCAUUCUCCUUGCUAUGCACCCACACUGGCAGGUGCGGGCACGUGAGGAGGUUCUCAAGGUGUGCGGAUCACGUGACCACCCCACCAAAGACCAUGUUGCAAAGCUAAGGACGCUGAGCAUGAUAGUGAACGAGUCGUUAAGACUGUACCCGCCGACGAUCGCGACGAUAAGAAGGGCGAAAGCGGACGUGGAUUUGGGGGGAUACAAGAUACCAGGAGGGACGGAGCUGCUGAUUCCAAUCCUGGCCGUUCAUCACGAUCAAGCGAUAUGGGGGAAGGAUGCGAACGAGUUCAAUCCGGGGCGGUUCAGAGAAGGGGUGUCAAGAGCGGGCAAGCAUCCAUUGGGCUUCAUACCGUUUGGAGUAGGUGUGCGGACAUGCAUCGGACAAAACCUGGCGCUGCUACAAACCAAACUCGCCCUUGCAAUCAUACUCCAGCGUUUUACUUUCUGCUUGGCCCCUACUUAUCAGCACGCCCCAACCGUCCUCAUGCUUCUCUACCCUCAGUACGGCGCACCUAUCAUUUUCCAACUCAUCCACUAACUAUAUGCCUAACUCUUCACUUGUCUAUAUUUCUAAUGCAUUUUUUGCCCUCUUUGUUCACUCUAACCAUUGCUUUCUUUCUUCUUUUUUUUAAUCCUCUCCCUCUAUCUGUACUAUAUAUUCAAAUAUCUCUUAUCAUUUCAUUUUUAAGAAAUGGAAUUCUUCCGUUACAAUA